CUGUCGCGAUAUCGCUAUACUGUUGCACCUCCCCAGGUAAACCUACAAGUGACCACCUUAUUCUUCAAAGCAUUGGCCGAAGUUUUUCCCCUGGUCUAUCCUGAACUUGGCCAUGUCUAUGGUUUUUCCUUUACCGGCUCUCAUACUUUUGUGCGAAUCUGAUUUACCCUUGGAACGGGACACACUUUACUCCCUGGCUCCUCGCUCCCCCGACAGUUGUGUCUCCAUUGAGAACUAGUGCCAGGCAUAUGUUAAUGCAUACUGCAGCGUGAAAUUGGCUUUUCUAAUUGGCGACAGCAGGUACGCAUACAUAUUGGGAAAAAUAGGCUUGGAGAGCGAUCCCUCCUCUAGUUCUACAGCGAACGCCACAUCCAUAAGCAGCAGGGCCGAAGCGGCUGCAGGUUACUCUGAGGUUACACUGCAGGACGAUUAUUAGCUCGAAAUGCGCACUAGUGGCAUGCGCUUAUCAGCUAUUGAUUCGCGCAUGAAUGCAUACAAAAGUGUGCCCAACAGAGGCAAAGACUUCAAUAGUAGUCCGGCCAUUUCCCGUGUGCGGGUUUCAUUGCCCUUUAAUUCACUUGGUGGCUUGGUGAACAAGAGUUCACUGAAAAAAAAGAAAAGACAGUUGGAAUUUUCUAGAGCAAAGGGUUUCUGUUCAAGGUGGUUUGAUAGGCCGGCAAAGCCAGUGGUUUUUCUGUCGGAGCUGGGUAGUAUGAUCCCUUCCAGAGGUGGAAAAGAGGAACCACUCCUUUUCUAAUAAAACUCAUCGAUGUUUGAGAUAAGUUUUGAAUAGAGUCACAAGUGCCAUCUGUUUCCUAAACGCAGAGGGCUUAGCACAACCAGGGCUCCACGUUUAGUUGUCAGAUCUAUCAAGAGUUCA